AUGGAUGAUGAAGAUAUGAGUUGUACAUCGAAUGAUGAUGAUGAUUAUGAUUGUUGUGAUGGUGAGUUGCAUUUUUGAACUUUGAAAUUUUGGCCCGAAAUGUCCUUGUGAAGACUGAAGAAAAAAUAUUGAUUUUCCAAUUUUAUGAAAGGUUGCAGCCACGAAGUUUAAUUCUGUUUGUUUAAAAUACACGUUUCAUGGUCUGGAACUUUUUUCGAGAAACAAGAUUUUUUUAGUUCAUAAGAAAUAGUUCAACCUCAUUUUUAUGAUUCAAAGUACAAAGAAAAAUUUUUCAACGUUCAUAACGGAUAUCUAUAAUUAAAUAUCUUGUUUCUGAAAGGACUUUUUCAACUUUAAAUACAACAAAAAGUAUCAUCUUCAAAACUUACCAGAAAAAUACUAAAAUUUUUCAGAUGACUAUUACAAUGAUUGUGACGUAGAUGCGACGGAUGACGUGGCAGUUACAUCAACUCAUUCCGAAGAAGCUGAAUUUGAAUGUUUGAAUGUUGCACAAGUGGAAAAAGUGUUUGUGGAAAGUGUGAAAACAUUAAUGUUGAGAUUGAAUAUUGGAGAUAAAGUUGCCAAAUUAUUGUUGGUUGCCAAUUCGUGGGAUAUUGAAUAUGUAAGAUAUCUUGGGGGGUUUUGAGAAAAUUCUGAAAUUAAAAAAAAGAAAAACAUACGUGAGAUUUUUUCGUCAAUACGUGAAUGAAUUUUAUUUUCAAAAAAAAAACUACAUUUCUAAUUUUAAAAAUGACAAAAAUCGUGAGUUCCCACGAUUUGUUAAUCUAGCAAUAAAAGUUGUGUGAGAAAUGUGAGGUUUUUUAGUCUUUUUUCUAAAUUGCUUCAAAAUUUUGAAACUUGUUUCGAUGUUCAAAAAUAUGAUAUUUUUAAAUUAAUGUUCUUCUAUUUUUCUGAGAAACAUUUUUGAUUAGCUUGAAGCAAAAUUUCAGCUGUUCUCUGAAUUUUGAAUCUUAUAGAUCAAUAUUAAAGAAUUUCGGUUUCCAAAAUCUUUUGUUGAAAUUUGGAAUUUUGGAGCCGAAAAAUUACAGCUCGACUUUUUUUCAAAAUAAUAAAGUGAAUUUGAAUUUUUAAAUAAAUUUCAAUUUUUUUAAUCGGAGGUUUUGGCACAAAAAAUCACCCGAAAUUUGCAUAUUUAAUUUUAUCUCGCGUUAUUUUUUUGGAAUCAAAAGCGCAAGAAUUGAAUUAUCCACAAACAAAUUCAAAAACCUGAUUACUAAAUUCUCCCCAAAUUCCAAUAUUUUUUUCAGAUUGUAAGUAUGUAUCGUAUGAAUCGAUAUGAUCUUUUCCGUCAAAGUCAUAUGGCUGCAAAAUCCGACGUGGCAUAUGAAAAACCAAAAAAUGGAUAUUGUUCAGUUUGUGCAAUUGAUGGCUAUGAAUCUCUCGCUUCGUUACAAUGCGGUCAUUGUUUUUGUGAACAAUGUUGGAAUUGUCAUAUUGAAUCGAGAUUAUCUGAAGGUGUUGCAACACGAAUAGAAUGUAUGGAAUCUGAAUGUGGAGUUUAUUGUCCACCUGACUUUGUUUAUGAAAUUUUGGAGAAAGGACCAUUGAGAGCCAAAUAUGAUCGAUUUUUGUUUAGAGAUUUGGUUUUGUCGCAUCGCGAAUUGAAGUUUUGUGUUGGAAAAGAUUGUCAGGUUGGUUUUUUGAAGGACUUGUGCUAAAUCAAUGAUUUUUCGGUGCCUAACAAUAAAAUUCAAAAUUUUAACAAUGUUCGUUAUGUGCCUAUGCAGAAUGAUAUUUUGUAAUAAAAAAAAAUAUUUUUCCUAUGCAGAAAAACGUCGAAAAAACAAAAUAUACAGUUUACUAUUUUUGAGUAGAGACAAUGUGAAAGUGAGAGAGUGCAGACAGUUUUUUGUAUUUUUUGUGCGAGAAAUCAAUUUGUCUGUCUGCACUCUCUCAAUUUCACAUUGUCUCUACUCAAAAAUAAUAAACUGUAUAUUUUGUUUUUUCGACGUUUUUCUGCAUAGGAAAAAUAUGUUUUUUUAUUACAAAAUAUCAUUCUGCAUAGGCCCAUUAGGUGCCAGUUUUGGCGACAAAAUUUGAAUUUUUUGAAGUUUCAGAAAAUUUUUACAAACCGAUAUUCUUCAAAGUUUAAGCAGCAAACUGAAAUUUGGCAUAUUUUCAGGUUGUGAUUCGUUCGAACGAAGACAAACCAAAACGUGUCACUUGUGAAUCUUGUCACACGGCAUUUUGUGUGAAAUGUGGUGUCGAUUAUCAUGCUCCAACAUCUUGUGAUACAAUAAAACAAUGGUUGACAAAAUGCGCGGAUGAUAGUGAGACAGCAAAUUAUAUUAGUGCACACACAAAAGAUUGUCCACAAUGUCAUAGUUGUAUUGAAAAAGCUGGAGGGUUAGUUUACUUUUUGUGUCGAAAAAAUUUCAAGAUUUUAUACGUUUCAAAAUAUGGGUUUGGGUUUUGAAUUAUUUUUCCGAAUUUGAUGAUUUAAGGAUUUGUCUGAAAUUAAAAUAGUGAUUUCCAACAGUUGAAAACUAAACUGUUCAGAGUGGAUUUUAUCAAAAUUUGUGAUCUGUUUUUAAGAAGCUACGAAAAAUAAUAAUAAUAAUGAGUUUAUCUCAAAUAUGGCAUCUAAAUAAUUUGAUUUCCAAGGAUUAGUGCAUACGAAGACUACAUAGUUCUGAAUCUUUUAGAGUCCAAUAAUCGCCUAAAAAUCCCAGUUUCAAAGAUUAGAGUUGUUUUCAAAAUUUCUCUGAAAAAAAAACUACAAAAAUAAUUUUGUCUUUACAAAAGGCUUGAACAAAAAUUCUGGUUUUUUACGUUUCAAAAUAUAGUUAAACAUCACACAUUUCUAAGUUUUUUUAAUAAAAAUACUGGUGAUUCAUCCAAUUUUGUAUUAUUUUCCAGUUGCAAUCACAUUCAAUGUACUCGAUGUAGAUAUCAUUUUUGUUGGAUGUGUUUUGGUGAUUGGAAAACGCAUGGAAGUGAAUAUUAUGAAUGUAGUCGAUAUAAAGAGAAUCCAUCUGUUGCUGCCGAAGCAAAUCAUGUAAAAGCUCGUCGAGCACUCGAAAAAUAUUUGCAUUAUUUUGAACGAUUUGAGAAUCAUUCGAAAUCAUUGAAAAUGGAAGAACAAUUGAGGGAUAAGAUUAGAAAAAAGAUUGAGGAUAAGGUGAGUCUGUUUUUUUUGGGAGAAUCGGAGAGGUAGUAAGUUUUUUCCAAAACGAAGUUCUAAAUUGAAUUUUUCAAGCCCGGACUUAUUUCAAAAUCAAAUUUCGUUUUUCGUAUGUUGUUUUUUGCAUCAAAAUUCGGAAUUAUAGCCGAAUUUCUGAUAUUUCCACAAAAACAAAAUGAAUCUAUUUUCUUUAUUUUUUCGAAAAAUGAAUCAAUAUGAAAAAAUAAGACUAUUUUUUCCUUAAAUGUUAACACAAUAACCAAUCAAUUUUUGAAAAAAAUGAUAAAAAAUUAAAAAGUUUUGAAACGCAAUUUGUUUUCUUCCAGGUAAAUGAACACAAUGGUACAUGGAUUGAUUGGCAAUAUUUGCAUUCUUCAGUUUCACUUUUGACAAAAUGUCGAUAUACAUUACAGUAUACUUAUCCAUUUGCUUAUUAUAUGCAAUCAGGUCCAAGAAAACAAUUGGUUAGUUCUUUCUUUUUUUGGAAAAAAUCUUGGCGCGAAUUCCGCUCCCUUGAAAUUCAACAAAUAUUCCCUCAAGUUCCUCUCUUCUCACACAAAUCACCAACUGUGCGUCCUUUCCUUUUGUUUCCAUUUUUUCGCACACCUGCGCGAGAAAUUUGAAGUAUUAGACACAUUUUUAUAAAAACAUAUUUAUAUACAAACUUGUUAACUUGUUGACAUGAGUUUUAAAGUGGAAAAUAGGAAAAUGAUUUAGAUAAACAGGAAGAACCCUUGAAUUUUUAUAUUAUUUGAAAAAUAUAAUAGUAAUAAUAAUGAUGGUGAAAGUGUGAUCCGCUGAUCCGAUUUUUGAGAGAUUAGCCGAAAAUCUGACUACGGUAGUCCGUAGGAAGAGGUCAAAGUACGGUAAUCUGGAGAAUUGGAAGUAUGGAUGGUUCAAGGAUCAGCUCCUAGAGUUAUCAAGUGUUCGCGUCUAUAAUACUUAGUUGUGUAGGACCCACAUCUAGAUAUCCACUUUGACAAGGAGACGCGCCUUCAGAAAUUCUAUGUCAAAAAACCUUUUCUAAAGAGCUUAGUUUUGAAGGAGCCGCGCCUAGAAACCAAUUUUAAUUCUAAAAAUCGAAAACUUUACGCGAAUUUGAGAAAAAAAGCAUUUUUGAAAGGCACAAGAAAAACUGGAAAAAACAGUGUUCCCGCAUUUAUUUUCAAAUGACAAAAACAGCAUGUGCGCUCUAUCGCUUCUUUGUGUGCAAACACUUUCGAAAAUCCCGUCGGCUGAGCGAUUUCAAAAACAAUUAUUUUAUUUUUUUUACUUUUGCUAGACUCAAAAUUUUUUUUUUGAUUUUUAUGAAUUUCGAUUACUUUCGAUUACUUUUAAUAAAAGUUUUCCCUUCAAAAUAUGUUUUGAUUGAGAAUGGUUGAGAAUGAAUAACAAACUCAUUUUCUGUUCAUUUCUAGCGGAUUGUGUGUCUUUACGUUUUCUAAAAGCUUACGUUUUCCAUCUAACUAAUUAUUUCUUACAGUUUGAAUAUCAACAAGCUCAACUCGAAAAAGAAGUGGAAGAAUUGGCAUGGGCUGUCGAAAGAGCUGAUGCAACUGCUCGCGGAGCCCUUGAAGCUCAUAUGCAUCGCGCAGAACACAAACGACAAACUUUGCUUCACGAUUUCUUCUUUUAA